CUCGCGACCUCGCUAAACAGUACAGUUGGAUGCACGAUGAUAACUCGGGUGAUCGGUGCAACUCCAUCGUGCAUCUAGGGGCGUCCGCCGACAGCACUGCAUCUGAGGACGAUUAAUCUUCAGUCAGCCAGGCCGAGAGUUAUGCCACGCCAUAGUAUCCAGCGAACAUUUCGUCUUCACAAACACCAAAGAAUUAAGAAGAACCGCUUGAUUAAAUAGCAAUAAAUUUAAAAAGAAAAGAAGGAAAACGAAAGCAAUCAAGGAUCGAGCGUUAUCCUAUCGAUGCGUUAUUUCUGUAACGUAUAUGGCAACUCGGAAAAAAAUAAUUCGAUUCAGAGAAAAGAGGUUUUAAGUAAUAUUUCCUUUUACAUAUAAUCCCCAAGGAAUAUUUAAUUACAGAAGCUUUUCGUUUUUAUCUGUUGUAAUAACAAAAAAGCAAUUCAAGUUUAUACAAAUUAGAGAUUUUUAUAACAUACAAUUCUUUACAAAUGGGUGUUUUUCGUCAGCUAUUGUUUGGUAAAUAUCUGUUAAUUACCAAUACCGUGAGUUGCGGCUUAAUGAUGGCAGCAGGAGAUGUAAUCCAGCAGCGCAGUGAAUAUUGGAAGAAGUAUUCUAGCAAAUAUUUCCCGACUAGCGUAAUGGCAGCUUCGCCGGAGGACAAAGAGACGACUGCAAUUUCCAGCACAUUUGCGUAUGGACACGAUUACGCGAGGACCAGGAACAUGACAGUUGUCGGACUGAUUCAAGGUCCAUUUCAUCAUUGGUUCUACACGAUCUUAGACAGAGUUUUGCCGGGCAGAAGCGCAAAGUCGGUAAUUAAGAAAACUCUUCUCGAUCAGUCGAUCGCGAGUCCUACGUGCCUAGCAAUAUUCUUCGUCGGCCUCGGAAUUCUGGAACAUCGCAAAGUCGAGGAAAUCUGCAAGGAACUGAAAUUAAAGUUCGGCGACACGUGGAAAGUUGACUGUUGUUUUUGGCCUCCUACGCAAUGCAUCAACUUUCUCUUUGUGCCCUUACAUUAUCGAGUACUUUACACGAAUGCUAUGACGAUGGUCUAUGAUGUUUUUUUAUCUUAUAUAAAAUAUGAUGCUCAUUUUGAAUGAAGAGAGAAAGAAAUCUCAUGGGACUAGUCUGAAUGAAGAAAGCUGCGAAGCAUGUGUUAUAAAUAUAUAAAUUUGUAUUAUUAUGAAUUAUAAUACGUAAUGAUAUAUAAGCAAUAAAACGUUAUCAGAAAGUUUCCAAGUAA